UCUCUCUCUCUCUGUGUCUCUCUUUGCGCGUCUCCCUCUCCCCUUUCAUGCUGUUGCUAGGGAAGCAGGGCGUAUGCGCUCCCUGGCCGCGGCUGAAGGGCAAAGGAAAAACGCAGGAAUUAGGCGAAAAUACGCAGUUUUAAUCGAGCCACUUUUCUAUGUUUGAGUCUUUACCCCCUCCUGCACCAACUCCGAGACAGAAACGUGGGAAUUAAUGAGUGUAAAAUGCCAUAUAUUGGCGCUUUUUCUCUAUUGCCUUAUAUGGCAGGGCAGAGAUAUAUCGUGCCUGUAUUUAAUAGGCUGGCCGCUGCCGCUCUGCUUAGAGGCUUCAGUUUAACCCUUGUGCUGCUGAAUUAUUUUUGGAGCACGCGAAGCAUCGUUUUUUUUUUUUUUUUAGCUUGUUCGAAUCUCUUUGGACGCCAUCCAUGCAACACAUUCAAAUGAAUGACGCCUUUUUGAGGACGGCGUAUCACAGACUACACAUAAGAACACGCGUUUGGUGCACGAACGCGCGGUUUCUCUCGUGUUUCCAAUUAAGCCCCCCAUAAAUCCGAUGACUUGACGUUGCUGACAUUUACAACACCCGGUACAUACUCACCGGUGAUGUGGUUUAUGCUUGUGGAUUUACAUUGUCCAGAUGCAAAUGGGCAACCAACCGUGCAGCCGAUGAUCGGCAGUAUAAGGCAGAUGUUUGGAUAGAAACACGCUGAGCGUUCUGCCACCAUUAGAAAGUUGCCACAGGUAGGCGGAUGGCUGCACAGCAACUCUCUACUCUGAACGUCAAAUUGAUGUCAGUUGAGCCCAGGGGACAUGGCACUGGUUUGACGAGGAGUUUGUGUGACCUAUAUUCGCAGGGCGCUGUCAGCAAAUCGAAGUGCACGCCGCCGUCUGCACAACGGUGCUGCUUUAAGGGGAUUGAGAGUAAAAAGGGGAACUUGUCUUUCAUCAGUGCCUCGGUUUUGAGAGAAAAACAAGCUGCGAUAACUCACUGCUGUCACCUUCAAGGCUCUGUGUGCCUCCUGCUAAAACAGCGUUGACUGAAAGAUGAUUGGAGACAUAACUGGUUGUUAAAUCUCGCCCAGGUCGCAGCUUUGCUGUAUUGCAAUGCCUUGAUGUGGAUUUUUUUUAAAUGUCCCGCUUCUAUUCUAAAGUCGUGCUGUUGAUUAACAUCUACACAUCUAAUGGACUGGAAUAAACCUCAACCACCCAAAAUACUUUUCUCAAUCGUGAAUAGUGUAUCCGCUGUUGGAGCAUGCCUUACUAUCGAAACAAUCUAUACACUGCACGAAUAGAUUGUAUGCAAUGGUGCUGUAACGGAGAGGUGGGGAUUGAUUUGAAUUUCCAGAUAGCCCUCCCGCAGUCCAGCACGCACGGGAUAAAACCCCAGCCUCUGAGCAAGGUCUCUUCCUCCCCCUCCCCUCCUGACGUCAUGCAUCCAGCUCAAGCUAUUGCACGAAAAGAGCUGCUUGCAGCCGCACUGUGAAUAUUUUGUACGCUCAUAGCCAGGACUGUGGAGUGUCCAAAGGAGAGAGAGGGAGCGAGCGAGCGAGAGAGAGAGAGAGAGAGAGAACGAGAGAGAGCGAGAGCGAGAGAGAGAGAGAGAAGGAGAGGUGGGGGGAAUACAGUUGGAUUUGGAAACAACUGGAAAACUACCAAGCGCGCAUAGCACGCACCAAUCGGAAGGCACAUCGACGGUGCCCGGCCAACAUUUCACCGACUCCCCCCGUCCCCCGUGAUCGGAUUCAGGCGAGAAUGGAGCUCCCCGCCGCCGGAGAGCACGUCUUUGCGGUGGAGGGCAUCGAAAAGAAGCGCAUCCGCAAGGGAAAGAUCGAGUACCUGGUCAAGUGGCGAGGCUGGUCUCCCAAAUACAACACAUGGGAACCAGAGGAAAACAUCCUCGACCCGCGCCUCCUCGUCGCCUUUCAACACAGAGAGAGGCAGGAACAGAUGUUGGGAUAUCGCAAACGGGGGCCAAAACCAAAACAUCUUUUACUCCAGGUACCCUCAUUUGCCAGACGAUCCUGUAUCCCUGCAGGGUUUGAAGACUCAUCUCAGGAUGCGGAGGCUGUCCUCGUGUCCGAUCCCGCCUCGGCCCAGCGCCCCCAAGCUCAGCAGUACCAGCUUAACAGCAAAAAGCACCAUCAGUACCAGCCCAGCUGCCACGAGGUCCUCGCUGACCAGCCGAUCAACGGCAAGAAGAAGUUCAUCUACCAGCUCAACAGCAAAAAGCACCACCACUACGAGCCUGACCCGAGCAUGUACGACGCACAGGCUUCCAGGCUCAAAGAGGUGGUCAAAGUCCAGGAACCGGCCAGUAAACCGGCAAAUCCUGGCUGGAACCUCCCGCUGGCCCUGCAGCAGAAGUGGGUUCGAGACAAAGACACAGGCUGCUUGAGCAAAGUCAAAGAGUUGGCCGUGGAGGUCAGAAAACCAGCUGUAAAAGACGCUGAGAGCGAACAUGCGCUCAAAGCCAAUCCUAAAGACGCGACCCUGCCGAGCUCCGUCAGCGGCAAAAUGAAGAUAAUCAAGAACAAAAACAAGAACGGACGUAUUGUUAUUGUCAUGAGCAAAUAUAUGGACGGCAACAAGGCUCACGGAGCCAAGGGUAAACACAGCGAAUCGCCGAGCGACGUGAAACCGCAGAACACCAAACCGUCGGAGAACAAUCCAGCACACGCAACCAAAUCCGCGGAGCACCCGGAGAACGGUAUCCCAAAAGAGCUCUGCAGUGGCAGCUCCCUGCCCGCCGCAGAGCACCCAAUAAAGUGUUCCCCAAAGGACAGGCAUUUCUCCAAACCGUCACCAAGCACAGCAGAGGAAUACAACACCGAGGUGGCUCGUGGUCAGGCCGAUUUACCGGAUGACCUGCCCCUCCAGCUGACCGCCGGCUCUCCGCUGACGCCCUGGUCUGUCGACACCAGCAUCCCGGCCCCAACAUUAGUGGAGAUAAGGAUCCCUUCUUUUCCCAACGACCGCAAGCGAAAGCUAUCAGAUCCCGCUGAGGACAGGAGCGUCUCCAAAACCUACCUGGCUUCCAGAAGCUUCAGCGUCCCCAGCACUGUGGUCACGCCACCGCAGGACAAGCCCAUGGACCUCCAUUGCAGUGGCACGCGCCACAGCAGCACAUUUGCAUACGCGGCUGGGGACCCUGGCAGCCAAGAGGAGCCGAUGGAUCUCAGCUGCCCAAAGAAUAAGAAUCAGGGGGACAUGGAAAUACCGGCGGAGCCCGAGCCCGCCGUCACCGACCCGGACCGUGUGAUAGGAGACACGCAAUCCAAAUCCACAGAGGAAUCUAAAGAAGCAAACAUCUCCCCUUUCAUGGGAAAUAUAAUAAUCACUGACAUCACAACAAACAGUCUCACGGUCACGUUCAAGGAAUUUGUUUCUUUCUGAGAAGCCAUUCGUGAAAUAGGACUACCAGUGACUGAUACAUCCUGUUACAUAUGUAUAUAUGUAAAAAGCUCAGAAUUUUGUAAAUGUUGAAAUUUAUAAUUUAUCAUUCAAAUUUAAUAUGUUUCUUAGAAUGUUUUAUACUGUAACUCCUCUGUGACGUCGUAGCCAAGAAAGUGCCCUCGAGGAUUUGAGCGAAUGCAUUCAGGUGGAUGUGUUCCACUUUAAAAAUACUGUUUAUUUGUCGUAUGGAGCCUAAUGGGAUACUUUUGCUGUUGUUUUCCUAUCUGCACCGAACUUAUAACCUGAGAUGUAUGAAGGCGUAUACACAUUUCUUAUGAAUAAUAUCACAUAUUUUGGUCCUGAUAGAAGGUGGAGAGGAUGUUUUUGAGUAUAUGGUGAUCAAAGAUCAAUUUAAAAGCACUUAAUUACAUAUUCAUAUGGUGGUUUGUUUCAUUACGAGGAAAGAAACAGCUGUUCUAUUGAAGUCUUAUUACACUUUUUACUACAGGUUUCCUUUGAAGGAAUUGGCAUAUGUUGUUUAAUGUUUUGUUUGUGGCUUGUUUGAGAAAACAGGAUAAGCUAUAACAUGCAAAUCUACAAAGCAGGUGUGUCUGGUUACAGUGGAAACACGCACCCACGGUAUGUGUCAACAACCUGAAAAAAAGUGUCCCGGUCCUUUCUUCUUUUGUCAGGUUUUGAUCUUGCCUUUGACAUGCAACAAGGCUGUCGUUGACUCUGCCGUUGCAACCCGACCCAUUGCUAUGACACACAAUCAUCUAUUUGUCAUCUCAAAGACCUGUUGCCAUAAAGCUGUCAUUUAUCAAACGUGUGACUUCCCGUUAAGAAAAUGUAUUGAUUCACACCAUAAUUAGAUCAUGAUUUAUUAACUUAUUGUUGAACUCACAUAUUGCUGGAGUUUCUUUAAAACACAUUAGCUAGUCGCAUUAGGACUCUCCUAAUGUCACAGAGAGUAGCGAUAUUCAUCUCAUUUUGCUUUUGGAGCUCAUUGUGCUAUCUGAAAAAAGAAAAAAACACGUUAUUGCUAUUUGCAUUACUACCUGUGAGAGUAACAAAUACGUUACACAGAUUAAAUGUGAGUUGUGAGGCUGCCUUUGUGUACUGUUACAAACGAGCCAAUGAGUGCAAGCUGUUUUGAUUAUGCUGCUGAAAAUUCAAAUGUCGAAGCUGUUGGAUGUAACCUACAUUUGAGUCUAAAUUGCCUUCCACGCAUGUUUGAUGCAAACCAGUAUGAAUGCUGAAAUGCUAUAAUAAUAAUAAUAAAAAAUAUAGCAUCAUGACGUUUAAUUGUUAUGUAAUAAAGAUGCUCUCCGCAUCAAUUGUUUCCAUUGAACAGUUGAAAAGAGAUUUUGAGUCCGUUAGCUCCUUUUUGUUUGCUUCUUUUCCGCUUCCUGAUCAUUCUCGCACUUGGUUCGAAAUCAAAAUGAUUGAUAGAGUAUGUUCUACCGGGGGUUGGUGGACUUACUGCUGUUGGCACAUCUUAUUAGAUGGUAUGUUUCACAAUAAAGAGAGAGAAAUAACCACAUGUGUUUAUGCGUUCC